AUGAUGAUUAUACGAUCGUCAAAAUGUUUUAUUUUACAUACUAUUAAUAAUUAUUAUUAUUCUAAUCGUUCAAUGAUGUUCCUAUUUUCAAUUGUUAUACCACUACUAAUGUUAAAAAUACAUUGUGUAUAUACACAAUCUUAUUCUAAUAUUCAAGUUCUUGGUCAAGAUGAUGAUCCCAAUUGUGCUAAAUGUGAUAUUCGUGCGGUAUGUGUUCGUAUUGGAAAUAUAACCGGUGUCAGUUGUGUUUGUAUGCCCGGUUUUGCUCCAACAGCAAAUGGAAAAUGUAUUCUUGAAGGUCAUUGUUCAAAUGAAAGUCAGUGUUUAUGUCCAAAUGGUUAUGGCGGUAUUUUCUGUGAAUUAGAUAUUAAUGAAUGUGUACAAAGUGGUACUGGGGAUAAUAUUUGUGGAAAUCAUCAAUGCACAAAUUUACUGGGUGAUUAUCGUUGUCAAUGUGAUUUUUUUCAUUCGGGAAAAAGAUGUGACAUAAUUAGUGGUAUUGGUUUAUUUGUUGUUAUUCUAUCAUCGGUGAUUGUUACAUUAAUUCUUUUAUUUUUGAUAUUAUUCUCUGUUCGAACAUUUUUACAGUAUCGACUAGCUCGAAUAGCAAGAAAACAAGAUCCACAAUCAAAUCCACAUUUAGUAACGUUAACAACUGGUUUUGAUGAUUCAGCAUAUGUAAGACCGAUACAUCGAAUUUAUGUACCAAUGGCAACAAGUUUUCAAUCGAUAUCCGAUGAUAAACAAAUAAAAUCUGAUGAAACA